GCAAGAAAGGUCAUGGUGACGUUACAACUAACUCAUAUCGAUACCUGUCAUACGGGAGAUCCUGCAUCACGCCAAUUGGUCCAGAAGCGAUAGCACCAUAGGGGGCCGAAUAUCAUUGGGCGACAUCAGCCUCUUUGAAUUUGCGGAUCAAGAAGCGUUUAGCAGCCACCCGACGCGGCCGCAAUCGACCUUUGAAUAACUGUGAGGACCAACAAACAAGGAAGGACGUUACGUAUCAAUGUAGACAUUUGAAUCAUGAUUUCAUCCACCCGAAGGUAUCAUGGUCGAGAGACAACGGUUGGGUACCUAAAAGGACAUUAACACGAUGACGUUUCCCAGAGGCCCCAGUAAGGCACGUCCUGUCCGUUCCCCUGUGUAGUGGUCCCCUCUGGCAGAGGACUGCUUUCGACCUGCAGACACUUUCACUGCUCAAUGGCAUACACAGACACUGGGUGAGAUAGGAGUACAGACGGUAGCCAAAAGGAGAAAAAUAUCCCUUUCUUACAGCACGCUCCUUCUCCCCCACAGUCCUCCCGUCUCCCAGGCCCUUCUAUCCCUCUCAGAGAGCCCCUCCCUGUGGCCAUGCCCAUCCUGCUCAAUGCCGACGUCUCCUUCAGCUCCAAGCAGGAGCUCCUGGACCUCCAGGACGGAGCCAUGGGCCCCUGCCUAGAGACACCCAGCCCACUGGACUCUCAGGAGGAUAGCCCAGUGGGUUCAGGCCCAGGCAGCCCCGCUGGAAACGGCCCCGCUAGCCGCAUCAUCCUCACCGGGGCUGCUACGCCACUGCCUGGACAGCUUUACAUGGGCGAGGUACCUGCGGAGACCCCGCUGGGCCUCACAUUCAUCCCCACAGACUCAGAAGGGCUGUGUGGCUGGGGGGCCCUGACGCCCCGAGUCAUCCAGACUUUCAACACCCCUCGCUGGGUACUGUUCUUCCUGUGUGUGGCCUCCUUCCUCCAGGGCAUGAUUAUCAACGGCUUCAUCAACACCGUGGUGACCUCAAUAGAGAGACGCUUUGACCUGCGCAGCUACCAGACGGGGCUCAUCGCCAGCUCCUACGACAUCGCUGCCUGUGUGUGCCUGGCCUUUGUCAGUUACUUUGGUGGGACGGGGCACAAGCCUCGCUGGCUGGGCAGUGGGGUGCUGGUUAUGGCGCUGGGAUCUCUGGUGUUCGCCCUGCCCCACUUCACCACUCCCCCGUACCAGGUAAGCAUGCCCGAGCGGACAGGGGUGUGCACGGGGAACCGUACCAGCCCGUGCCAUGAGAGGGAGGGCGGGGGCCUGUCCAGCUACCGCUUUGUCUUCAUGCUGGGCCAGUUCCUGCAUGGGGUGGGAGCAACGCCCCUCUACACUCUGGGGGUCACCUACCUGGACGAGAACGUCAAGUCCAGCUACGCUCCAGUGUACAUCGGGAUCUUCUAUACAGCAGCCAUCGUGGGUCCAGCAGCAGGGUACCUCCUAGGAGGAUACUUCCUCAACAUCUACACAGAGGUCCACAUGACGACAGAGCUGACUCCAGAGAACCCUCUGUGGGUAGGGGCCUGGUGGAUUGGCUUCCUGGCAGGAGGAGCCGCAGCACUGGUCAUCGCCCUGCCCAUCCUGGGCUACCCACGCCAACUACCAGGCUCUCAGAAGUAUGUGGCCAUGCGUGUGUCUGAGGCCCAUCAGCUGAAAGAUGGCAGUCAGGCCAGUGCAUCAGACCCUCAGUUUGGGAAGUCAGUGAAAGACAUGCCUAGGUCAGUGUUGCUUCUGCUGAAAAACCCUCCCUUCCUCUUCCUGUGUCUGGCGGGGGCCACAGAGGCCACCCUCAUCGCUGGCAUGUCCACCUUCGGCCCCAAGUUCCUAGAGUCUCAGUUCAGCCUGAGUGCAUCUGAGGCAGCCAUCUGGUUUGGCUACAUGGUGGUGCCUGCGGGCGGAGGGGGCACUUUCCUGGGCGGCUACAUCGUGAAGAAGCUGAACCUACGUUGCCGUGGCAUCAUUAGGUUCUGCAUGGUGUGUGCGCUCAUCAGUCUACUGGCCAUAUUCAUCUUCCUCAUCCACUGUCCCAACAUCCCCAUGGCCGGGGUGACUUCCCCCUACCGCAGCAACCUGCCACCGGGCCAUCAGUACAACAAGGAGUACAAUGAACAGUACUAUGAGCAAGCCAACAACCUCCGCAACAGCUCUUGGUUGGGGGACAACCUGACGGUGGGCUGUAAUGCAGACUGUCACUGUUUACGAGAGCUCUAUAACCCAGUCUGUGGAGCUGACGGUGUGAUGUAUUACUCCCCCUGCCAUGCAGGCUGCAGGACCAUCAACCACACUGAGGUCUCCACAGGCAGACAGGUGUACUCUGGCUGCAGCUGUGUGGUGGAGGGGAACGUCACGUUGGGGCAGGACGGUCUGGCUCUGGAUGGGAAGUGCACCAGCUCCUGUAGUCACAUGCCAGCCUUCCUCACCUUCCUCUUCAUCGUCAUCUCCUUCACCUUCCUGUGUAGUAUCCCUGCCCUCACUGCUACCCUCAGGUGUGUUCCAGACAGCCAGAGGUCCUUUGGACUGGGGAUCCAGUGGAUCGUGGUGCGAAGUCUAGGUGGCAUCCCAGGCCCGAUAGCGUUUGGCUCUGUGAUCGACAUCUCAUGCCUGCUGUGGCAGGACCAGUGUGGAGAGCAGGGUUCCUGCUACCUCUACCAGAACUCUGCCAUGAGCCGUUAUACACUCAUGGCUGGCAUCAUCUACAAGGUUCUUGGCACGAUGUUCUUCCUGCUGGCCAGCGUUCUGUACAAGCCCCCUCCAGAGUCGCCCCAGAGCAGCUGUGAGAGCACCGACCAUGGGGCAGGAGACACCGGGGGAGAUACGGGAGAGCUCUCCGUCAAGGACCUUCCACCAAAAAUCAUCGCCAAUGUACACGCCAGGUUAUGAUGACUUCAGACCCAACCCACAUCUCACUGCGCGUGUGUGUCGUGCCACUGCUUCCUCAACCACUGCCAGCCUGUGCCGGUCUCAUAGCCACUCCCAACACACAGACACAUCACCCCAGGGCAGGGCAUGUCUAAUCCACCUACUGACCCCAACUUCACCCCAUGGGCAUGCCCUCCAUCAUGUUGUCCCUGCCAGCCCACUGAACUUGGGGUUUGUGUGAUGUGAUGAAAGACUUAGACCAGGGUCACAGAUAGGGUCAGAGGUUAUUCUGAGGAGUAGGACAGACUUAGACCAGGGUCACAGAUAGGGUCAGAGGUUAUUCUGAGGAGUAGGAAAGACUUAGACCAGGGUCACAGAUAGGGUCAGAGGUUAUUCUGAGGAGUAGGAAAGACUUAGACCAGGGUCACAGAUAGGGUCAGAGGUUAUUCUGAGGAGUAGGAAAGACUUAGACCAGGGUCACAGAUAGGGUCAGAGGUUAUUCUGAGGAGUAGGAAAGACUUAGACCAGGGUCACAGAUAGGGUCAGAGGUUAUUCUGAGAAGUAGGAAAGACUUAAACCAGGGUCACAGAUAGGGUCAGAGGUUAUUCUGAGGAGUAGGAAAGACUUAGACCAGGGUCACAGAUAGGGUCAGAGGUUAUUCUGAGGAGUAGGAAAGACUUAGACCAGGGUCACAGAUAGGGUCAGAGGUUAUUCUGAGGAGUAGGAAAGACUUAGACCAGGGUCACAGAUAGGGUCAGAGGUUAUUCUGAGGAGUAGGAAAGACUUAGACCAGGGUCACAGAUAGGGUCAGAGGUUAUUCUGAGGAGUAGGAAAGACUUAGACCAGGGUCACAGAUAGGGUCAGAGGUUAUUCUGAGGAGUAGGAAAGACUUAGACCAGGGUCACAGAUAGGGUCAGAGGUUAUUCUGAGGAGUAGGAAAGACUUAGACCAGGGUCACAGAUAGAGUCAGAGGUUAUUCUGAGGAGUAGGAAAGACUUAGACCAGGGUCACAGAUAGGGUCAGAGGUUAUUCUGUGGAGUAGGAAAGACUUAGACCAGGGUCACAGAUAGGGUCAGAGGUUAUUCUGAGGAGUAGGAAAGAUUUAGACCAGGGUCACAGAUAGGGUCAGAGGUUAUUCUGAGGAGUAGGAAAGACUUAGACCAGGGUCACAGAUAGGGUCAGAGGUUAUUCUGAGGAGUAGGAAAGACUUAGACCAGGGUCACAGAUAGGGUCAGAGGUUAUUCUGAGGAGUAGGAAAGAAGUGUCUCCUGAUGACUUUGGGGAUUUAAACCACUGAAAAUACACACUUUAUGGGCUCUAGUAAAUCUGGAUCACUGAAGCGUUACAGAUUGCACGAUGGAAAUGUAAAGAUAAUUUCCGAUUGAGACGACAUAUUGCAGCGUUUACCGUGAAUGCAGUCUCCGCUAAAGAGGGAACAUUGCCUUUAAAUUUCAAUCACGCUGUAACGCUGAACUUCCACGAUACGGAUUGAAUAGAAGCCUUAAAUGAGGUUUAAAAUGUAAAGUAAAGUAGAAUGAAAAAGGAUUGUAGGUUUUGUUUUGUUUCCCGGUCAUGUCUAAAUUAUGUGACAUGGGGCAGUAUCUAUAGUAUGGGACAUGGGGCAGUAUCUAUAGUCAAUCAAUCAAUCAAUCAAAUGUAUUUAUAAAGCCCAUUUUACAUCAGCAGAUGUCACAAAGUGCU